ACGGAGUAAGAGCAACUCGAGCCCGUGACAUCACACGUUACAAAGUUUGCUACGUUGAGGUUUCAGCAAGUGUGACUGUAAAUCCUUUAUCAUACUAUGGCAAGGUAAUGGCUGCUGGGGUGGGCCGACGCCUGGCUGCCUGUCUCCUGAACAUCUCAGAGGCACGAAGCAAAGAGGUAGUGGAGAGGGUGGCCAGAGCGGCUGUCUAUGAAAAGCAAGGGGGGAGACGUGAGGGGAUAACGGUGCUCAACAUCUUCAGUGACCAUGACUACAACCGCUCUGUCAUCACCAUCGUCGCCACCAUUGACCAAAUCGGUGGAGCAAUAGUAUCUGCCUGUGUGCAGGCCUGUGAGCUCAUUGACAUGCGGCGGCAUUCUGGGGCUCACCCGUGUCUAGGGGCGGUGGAUCUGGUGCCCAUAUACCCGCUGGGGGAGUGCGUGGGGCUGGAGGAGUGUGGGCAGGAGGCACGAGCAGUAGCAGUGAGCCUGACAGAGCGUGUUCCAGGUACCAGUGUCUUCCAUUUUGGGUUUGCCGACACACCCCAGCAGCGCAGUUUGGUCCAGAGAAGGAAGGAGCUCGGCUGGUUCCGAAAGAACCCCGACCUGCGUGCCAUGCAGUCUGAUGUGGGGGCGAUGCCAGGCAAGAGAUACGGGCUGACAGGUGUGGGUGCCAGCCCCUACGUGAUGAACUGUAACGUAACGAUCAGCACAAGUGCUGUGGGCGUGGGGCGCCAGGUUGCGGAGGCCUUGCGUGGCUCCAGUCCAGGUGGAGUUCCAGGACUGCAGGUGAUGGCUCUGCCACACGAGGGUGCCGUGGAGAUUGCUUGCAACGUGGAGAGCCUGCUGCGACCACCGGAGGGCCAGGAGGGCUGGCCUUCAUACUGGAUACAAGGACGGCCGUACUGCUACCCUCCUGCCUCACUUAUCACUGCCCGCGUGGCAGAGCUGGCCAUGCAGCACAGAGUGGGCACACUGGGCACUGCAUUGGUGGGGUUCACCCCCGAAGAGUGCAGGAGGCUUGCAGAGCAUGCUCUGGCACAAGGGGUGGGGGAGUACUGGAGGGAGCAGCGUAAAGUGCACAUGUGAUGCUCGAAGAGAAAACAUCCUCUGUCUACUGACAGGCGAGAUAUUACUCCCCUUAGAUGUUGUGAGGGGUGGAAAUAACUCCCAUUGCAGGUUACGUGUUGCAGGCUCCUGCAUUCAAGCCAACUUUUAAUGACUUAUAUUUCAUGCUUGUUAUUCUAUUUUGAGGAACCUUGCGUACACAUUUUGUUUAAAAAAAAGUCAUAUUUUCUUUUCUCCUUUGUAUCAGUGAUGUGUAAGAACCUGUAAUUGAUAAAAGGCUGAAACAAUUUGCCGAUCUGCCUUCAUGCUAUCUGGAACAGAA